CUGUUAUCUAUUUAUGGAGCCCAUUAUGGUACUAAAUAAUAAAUGUUCUUUCUGUAACGUUCAUAUUGAUAGUUCUUUUGAAAUCCUAAAAUUGUUCCGCAAUGGCAUUGCUGUGAAGAACCACUCUGGCACCUUUAUUUUUAAGAGUGCAGAUUCAAAUAAUGUAUUGUUAUAAAUAAUGAACAGUACAUGUCUUUUCGAUGUGGGGAAAAAAAAUUGUAUUCCCACAUCACAAAGACAUUAUUGUAAUAGCCGACUAUAGACUUGACCCUGUGUUAAUAUGGUAAAUUUGCUUAGUGAGUGACUUGCUCUCCUUUACCAAGUGUUAUUGAUUCCCAGCAAUCCCAAGUUAAUAUACUAUACAACAGUUGAAUCAGAAAAUCCCCCACCUUGCAGUUAGCUAAGUGUGAGGUGUAACAUUUGUUAAAUUGCCUUGUCUCUUUGCUGUGCACCUAUGCUAUUUGUAAAGAAUCAGUAUGCUUUCCAUUUACCCUUGAACAUUAAAAUACAUGUAGUAUAUGUAGCGCCCGCCUUGAGAAUGAGGUCUCGCUUCUCUUUAUUCAGCAGUCCAAGCACUUCAACUUUUCAAAAAUAUAAGGCACAAAACUGUGUCACACCAUCAGAACUUCACCAGCUCCUCCCAGAUGCCUUCCGUUGUUGUUACUGAGAUAAGCCUAAAGUUGAAGCAAGUGAGGUAGUCACAAAGCCACAUGUCAUCUGGGUGGCUAGUCGAUAUACAGCAGAGAGAAGUUCUCACUAGACUGAUCUGCAAAAAGGAGAGUCCCUGUCUGCUGUGACAACCAGUGAGCUUUGCUGAAAAGUUCUACAUGAGAGAAAAAGCAAGCUGAAACCAAAUACUGAUCAGUCUAUUUCAUAUCUCCAAGUGAGUCACUUUUUCUCUUAGAAGAGCCAAGUACAAUGAUCUCCAGGAGAAGACGUACAAAAGAAGAAGUUGCUGCUUUCUCUGAACUGACAGAGAAGUUUUGUAAGGUUAUAACAGAUUUUACGCACGAAGAUCUCCGCAAGAUCACUGAGUACUACAAGCCCUACCUGGCAUAUGUUAUUGAAUAUGACAUCACUAGCAUCCUGCAGAACCUGGCUACCAAGGAAAUCUUGACUAAUGAUGAAGCAAAGGGGGUUAAAGCCAAAGAACAAUCUGAAGGCACAGUGGGUGUAGAGUCCUUUAUUAAUGAUGUGAUGAUAAAUAAGGACCAACAGGUUUUAGUCAGUCUGUGGAUGGCUUGCGCUGAAGAACUUGUGAGAUUUCCAUCACCAAACCUAACAAGAAUAUUAAAGGAGGUGGCAGAAGAGGGAUUGUGCCUACUGGAGCAGUGUCAUUUCAACUUCCAGCCACUUUCCCUUGAUUCGUAUGUUAAAGGUCUGCAGAACAAACACAGAGAAAAUUUGGUUACAUCAACAAACCAGCCUUCCCCUGGAGAUCCACACAGCAAAAAUGUUGUCUUAAACAGUUGGUACACAGAGCUGAUCGUCAUUAAUCAGUACAGAAAAAACUAUAUUGAGACUCAGCAUGAACUUCUGAAGACUGGAAAGGCUCAUGCAGCCCUUAUGGAACAGCGAACAAAAGAGAAAUGUGAACGAAUCUGGACUGAGCAGCUUUUCAGAAAGACUCCGGGAAAUGAAACUUUCCCUCAGAUUGUGGUGGUCAGUGGGGUCGCUGGAAUUGGGAAGACCACCAUGGUCCAGAAGAUCAUUUAUGAUUGGGCAAUUGAUGCUCAAUAUAAGAACUUUGCAUUUGUGUUCCUUUUCAAGUUCAGGGAGCUCAACAUCCUGGAGGAGAAUGAGCGUGAAAUGCCUCUGACUAGGCUGAUUGUGAGGCACUAUACAUAUCUGAAUGAUGAGACUCUGAGAAACAUCCUACAGAGCCCUGGGUCAUUGCUUUUUAUAUUUGAUGGACUAGAUGAGUAUAAACAUAAACUGGACUUCACACAAAACCGGCUGUGUUCAAACCCAGAGGACUACUUUCCCAUUCACAUCCUGGUCACCAGCCUGAUCAGCAGGAAAUUGCUAAAAGGCUGCACAGUCCUGAUCACAAGCAGACCAACUGCCUUAGAGUCCCUGAAUAUGGACAGAGUUGAUCGGUAUGCAGAAAUCCUGGGUUUUUUUACUAUGGAAAGAAUGAUGUAUUUUAAGAAGUUCUUUGGUGAUGUGGAUCUGGGCAUGGAGGCUUUUCAGUAUGUCGAGGAGAAUGCCAUUCUGUACACCAUGUGUUUCAACCCCUCUUACUGCUGGAUUAUCUGCUCAGUGUUGAAGAGCCACUUCAGCACACCCAAAGAACAGCGUAAAGCAGCACCCAGAACUGUCACUGAGCUCUUUGUGUUGUUUCUUUACAACAUCCUCACCAAUCACAAACGAGAAGCUGAGGACAAACGGGGUAUUUUAGUGAAACUGGGGAAGAUGGCUUAUUAUGGAGUUGCUAACAAGAUUCUUGUGUUCUAUGACAAACAAGAGAUGUUCACCUUUGGUCUCCAACAAGUCCUCCCUUCUGCAUUUCUCUCUGGGUUUCUGAAAGAAAUCUUGCAGAGAGAGAGCACCCUCGAGCGCACAACUUACACGUUCUUCCACCUUACCCUGCAAGAGUUCAUUGCUGCCUGCUACUACUUCCUUGAUUCCUCAGUUCUCAUUGAGGAGCUAUUUAAGGAGCUUGACUCUUGUAAAGAUGGUCGUUUUGAGAUUCUCACUCGGUUCUUAGCAGGGCUUGCCAGACCUCCUGUGACUGAAUUAUUGAAGGAAAUCCUAGGGGACUUUGAAAAGAAGCAUGCUGUGAAGACCCUAGACUGGGUAAAGAAAAGAACUCAACUUGCUCUGCAAUCUGCUGAUAAAAAUGAAACUCUGCGAGUAUUUCAGUGGCUCUUUGAGACACAGAAUAAGAAAUUAAUACGAGAUUGCAUUGGAAAAGAGUCUAGGUUAGAGUUCAGAGAUAUGACGUUAUCUCCUUUGGAUUGUGCAGCUUUGGGCUCUGUCAUAAGUUACUGUGGAGAAUUAAAGGAGCUCCAGCUUUUCAAAUUAGACCUCACACCAGAAUGCAUCAGGAGACUGGCGAUUGGACUUGGCAACUGUAAAAGCGUCAGGAUGGAAGCAUGCAAUCUUAUAUAUGAAUGCUGUGAAUCUCUUUCCUUGGCUCUCUGUGCAGAUGACUCUCACUUAACAAAUCUGGUUCUAAAACACAACAACUUGAAAGAUGCUGGAGUGGCUCUACUGUAUGAGGGGCUAAGAAGUCCAAACUGCAAGUUAGAGAAUCUGGACCUUGAGUCGUCUUGUGUGACAUCUCAAUGUUGCAAGUAUCUCUCAUCUUAUGUGUCUGCAAAACACUCUGUACUGACUGCACUGCAGCUGAGAGGCAAUAAACUGGAGGAUGAAGGAAUGCGUCUUCUAUGUGAAGGGCUCAGAGAACCAAACUGCAAAUUACAAAUACUUGAAGUAGAGUCAUGUGAUCUCACUGCUAGAGGAUGUGAGUUUCUUUCCAUGGCCUUAAAUUCAGAAUACACACAACUACAAGAGCUGGACUUGGAAAGCAAUACACUGAAGGAUUCAGGUGCAAUUCAGUUAUGUGAAGGGCUAAGAAGUCCACACUGCAAAUUACGCAGACUGAGAAUGGCAUUUUGUCAGCUCACACAUGAGUGUUGCACGUCUUUCUCUUCAGCUCUUUGUGUAGAGCAUUCACUUCUGAUGGAACUGGAGCUGGAAGGAAAUGAACUGGGGGAUGAAGGAGUGCAUCUUCUUUGUGAGGGGCUGAGAAAGCCAAACUGUAAAUUGGAGAAACUUUGGCUGGAUAAAUGUGGUCUCACAUCUGGAUGUUGUGGGGACCUCUCCUCAGCUCUCUGUACAGAACACUCACGUCUCACCGAGCUGCACCUCGGAGAUAAUAAACUGGCAAAUUCAGGAGUCCAGUUACUGUGUGAGGGGCUGAAAAGCCUAAACUGUAAAUUAGAAAGACUGAGACUGGACUCCUGUGAUCUCACAUCUGAAUGCUGUAAGGCUCUCUCAUCAGUACUUUGUAGAGAACGCUCAUGCUUAAGUACAUUGGAGCUAGGACAGAAUACACUGACGGAUUUAGGAAUGGGCCUGCUGUGUGAGGGGCUGAAAAACCUGAACUGUAAAUUACAGACACUAAGAUUGUGGUCAUGUGGUCUAACUUCCAAAUGUUGUGAGUGUCUGUUAUCAGCUCUUUGUGCAGAACACUCACAUCUGACUGUGCUGGACCUGGCAGAGAAUAAUCUGAAGGAUGCAGGUGCAGGCCUGUUGUGUGAGGCACUGAGAAACCCCAACUGCAAGUUAGAGAAAGUGAGGUUUAAAAGCAUUGGGAUUAGCAAAACUAAGAAGAACCAUCUGAAAUCCUUACAGGAGGAGCUGAGUUCAUCUGGACGGCACAUAAAGAUCAUUACAUGAGAUGAUCAGCUAAAGUCUAUCAGGUCUAUGUAUCCUGGUGGAUAUGACAGUAUUGUCAUAACACUGAACAUUUUUUAAAUAAAUGAGAGAAAAAGGAAGGACCACAAUAUUAGAGCAUUAGAACAAUAUAAACAAGAACAGGCCAUUGAGCCCAAGAAAGCUCACCAGUCAUAUCCACUUAAUCUUCUAAAAUGACAACUACUUGGUCUUGGGAUUAAUAAAGUAUCUAUCUAUCUAUCUAUCUAUCUAUCUAUCUAACUUAUUACAUCUGUCUAUUGCUCUGUAUGUGAAGAAAAACAUCCUAAUGUUUGUGUGAAAUUUACCUUUAACAAGUUUCAAACUGUUACCCCAUGUU